AUGGCUCGCUCCAUGCUCCAUCGCCUCGAGGACCUCUGCAACGUCGACGUCGACGACGCGGACACGGAACUCAUCAAGAGCAUCCCUUUUACGCCGCACAACCAAACAUCCAACCAGGCCAUCAUCACAAACGCCCUCCUUGCAGAUGAAGCUUUGCUCAAGGAUCUCGUCCGGCAGUAUGGCUCUCAGGGGUGGGAGCGAGCCAUCGCCCUCACCGCCCGCAACAUCCCCCUCCUCUCCGGCCGCGUCCUCAUCCAGACCUCUCUCCGCCACGUCUCCUCCUCCUCGGCAACCAUCGCCCACGCCCGCACCCUCGCCGCCCUCUACGACCAGGCCGGCGUCCCCCGCGACCGCUUCGCCAUCAAGAUCCCCUUCUCCGGCCCCGCCGCCGCCGCCGCUCGCGUGCUCAACCAGGAGGGCAUCCGGACGCUCGCCACCAGCGUGUUUUCCCUCGAGCAGGGCAUUGCGGCUAGUCAGAGCGGGUGUCUCUAUAUUAGCCCUUAUUACAACGAAAUCGCCGCACAUCUGGACCCUUCUCUGCGUCUCACUCUCGAAGAUCCCGCUCUAGAGCAUCCCAUGUCCCCCCGCGUAAUCCACAUCCUCGAGGCUUUUGCCAAAGAAUAUCGUGAAACAGGCAAGGAACAGCCCAUCAUGAUCAUAGCAAGCCACUUCACUCCCGCCGAAAUCAUGGCCAUGGCGGAGCUCGGCUGCCCACACGUCACGAUCCCACCACACCUCAUCCGCACCCUCCUCGAAACCCCCGAUCAGCUCCCUCCUCUCACGACAAAGAAGCCCAAGCUCAGCUACGCCGAAUUCGCCACGGUGCAGCGGCUCACCAAGCUGUCCACCAUGGACCCCUUUGCUCGUCCGGAUUGGGACGGCAAGCUGGCGGAUAUGCAGACCGAUUACGUUGCCAACGACGGCGAGAAGCUGGAUGAGGCAAUCAGGAACGAUCCUAUCGCGGGUAAGAGGUUGAAGGAUGCCGAGGUAUUCUUCAUCGAAAUGGAGAACAAGGCGAAAGCGGCCAUUGAAAAGGAGAUUGCUGCGCAAGGAUUGUAG